AUGGCGCCUCCGUCCAUCAUCGAUACAGGCAGUAACGACCGUCCCAUUCGUGGGAGGGGUGACACUGCUACUCGGAUCUAUUACCAGAGUCCACCACCUAGGGCUGCCAUCACGAAUGACAAUGAUGGGGACGGACUCAGCUCGCGGAAACUCGUGUAUGAGGAUCGAGGCGUGACGGGCAUAUUGCACUCGGCUUCCUAUCCAAAGAGCCACACCUUAUCUCUACUUUCAAAGAAAGCUGCUACGGAGUCUGUUCGCCGCUACGAGMCACGGCACACUCCUCCGGACAGCUUCGAGGCUCAAGACCUGGCCCUCCGAAAAGCAGAAAUCUUACGUCAACAGACGAAGCACGCGAAGAAGAGCGCAAAGCACGUCAAAGUGGCGAAGCCUUCUCGAAGAGACAGUGCUCCGCAAAAUGACCUCGCCACCAUCGACCGGCAAGAGCAGACAGCUUUGCCCACCAUUGAGUUACAGGACGAUUUGGCUCCGGCAAUCCCUAUCUUUACAAAUACUGAACCUGAAAUAACCAUAACCAGUACUGAGCCGCUUUCGCAACGUGAGCACGGAGACCGGGCGAGUCCAAAGCGCGUCAAGCUCAGUCCCAGCCCGGGAUUGAGUAGCCCAGCACAGCCACCACAGGCUCGACGGUCGAAAUCUCGGGCCGGGAGCGAGAACCGGUUCGCAAAGCCCAAGACACCCUCCACUGCGACUGCAGCAGCACGGGCAACACGCGGCGAAAGCGUGGCGAGCGCUCGCUCAACUGACUCCAAAUCUAGCCGCCGGAGUCGAGGCACCAUCAAGGAUGACCUUACGAUCGAUAGCAAGUUUGGACUGGAUGCUGAUGAUCCAAACGAGGUUGAAUACUUGUACGAUGGCAAAUGGUACGAUCAUGUUGGGCAGGGACCGCCAGAUUGGGCGCAGGGCGAGAGACCGAGGAGAAGAGUGGUGGCACAGGCUCCCUCUCGAAGAAGCACUGGAGGAUGGCGAGCAGCCAGAAAUWGAAUGUGCUAUAGAGCUUGGCUGAGAAGCAAUGCGAAAGAUGAGUAUCACGAAUACAACACUGACCCAACUUCGUGUCACACUGUAUUCAGUCGCCUCCCGAGAUCAUUGGGAUAA